AUUAAUUGUAAAUCUCUUGACAUCGUGACGUAAGGAUUAUCGUUCGCUCAUACAUGAUAGUAAUAAAUAUUAAAUAUUCCGUUUCUAGUAAAGAGGGAUUUUUCGGUGAACAUUAUUUUAUGUACAAAUCCAGGUUCAAAUUCUUGUUGCUCCAAAAGUCAUGUGUAGAAAUUUACAUGUUGAACGUGGUCUUGCGGCCAUAAAUUUUGGAAUUUUGUGUAAUGAUACGCGUGCAUCGUAUUAUUUUUUUAAAUUUGUUGAACUGUACUUUUAAAUAAGUUAAGGGUAUGGCUUAUCCUCCCUGCGAAUACCUUGCAUGGAUCUUUAUUGAAACAUCCGAGUACAGCUUCUUCAUUCUCGUUUGAAUAAGCUUGAAUAAGUUUGAAUAAUUUUUCAUGUUUUUCAUCAAAUUUUCUCGAUUUAACAUUAAUGACCUUGUUUGUCUACAUUAUUUACUAUAUUAUACAUUUUUACAUUUUUUUACAUAUUUUAAAACAACUGAACACAAACAAAUGCAAAAAAUUGACAGAUAGUUUGGUAACAUGGAGUACUUAAACGAAGAAUACUGCGAUAUGUUUCUAAUUUACGGCGAAUAUGGUCAAAAUUCCGAAAUGGCUGCACGGGAAUAUGCCAGGCGUUUUCCGCAUCGCAGAGCACCCUAUCCUAGAGUAUUUACGCGCUUAAUAAAUCGUGUAAGACAAACAGGAUCAGUAAUGCCAAAUCGACAAGAUGACGGUGCAGGACGAUAUUAUGAAGCUUAUUCUGUCGAAAAUGAAGAAGCUGUACUCGCUUGUUUUAAUGAAGAUCCGUGUACAAGUAUUCGUAUGAUAAGCCGUACUCUUAAUUUAUCGAAAACUACAGUUCAUCGAAUAUUAAAAAAUAAUAUUGUUACGCCCGUGCUCAGAUGCGACGCCCUGGGAGUGCGCGCCAGCCGCGGGCUGAAGUCGCGGCGGUUUAAAAGAUCGGUCGCGAAGGACCGAUGCGCGGUUGUUGAUUAUUGAUUUUGUGAUUCUGUC